AUGUGCAGAGGAAGUUAUCUACAGCAAAAAGCAAAUGUGGAAGGGGGUAGCGGGGGGGGGGGGGGAGGGGGGCGGACAAAUCUGUUGCAGGAGAUUUUGUCUGCUGGCUGCCAGAACAGCAGCUGUGAGCCUGAACAAAAGAAGGCAGAGCAUUUUCACAGCAGACAGUCUGCCAAGAUGAUUGGAAACAAUGCUUUUAAAAAAUCCCUGCUGCUAAAUGAGUAUUCCUAUGUGAAAUUAAACUCAAAUGAUCAAAAAGGCAUCAAAGCGGUUCAGUUCAUACGAGUGAUUUCAAUAGUUGGGUUUGUUGUCCUGAUGGCUAUUUACAUCAUAAAACCAGUCAACGUAGAUUUUCCAAAGGACAAAGAAACCAUUAUCAGCAGUUACCAGCAGAUGGAGGAGCAAGGACUCUUUGGAGAGAUCUUGGAAGACAAGAUGAUUAAUGAAGACAAUGUCAAUAGAUGUAAUGAUUCAUGCAAUUUUGAACUUGUGGAAAGUAUUCCUUCUGACAUGCCUUAUGAGACAAAUAGCACCACUGUGAAACCCUUGUACCAAGCAUGGAUGGGUCUCCUCAACAUGGCACAGGAAAGAAUUCAUGUGGCUUCUUACUACUGGUCUCUCACAGGAGAAGAUAUACAUGUAAAUGACUCAUCUUCUGAAGAGGGUGAAGAUAUUCUGAAGAAGUUUGAAAGUUUACUUAUGGAGAAUGUCUCAGUGUAUAUUGCAACAAGCCUGCCAACUUUAGCUGUAAAUUCAACUGAUCUUAAGGUUUUGAAGAAAAAAGGGGCUCAUGUAAGAAGGGUCAAUUUUGGACAUUUGACAAAAGGAGUGCUGCAUUCCAAAUUCUGGAUUGUAGAUAUGAAACACAUGUAUAUUGGCAGUGCAAAUAUGGACUGGAGGUCAUUUUCUCAGGUGAAAGAAGUUGGUGCCGUGAUAUACAACUGCAGCUGCUUAGCCAAUGAUCUAUGGAAAACGUUCAGAACAUACUGGGAUCUUGGGCAUGCUAAUGCCACCGUUCCCUCCCCAUGGCCGAGCAAUUACUCCACCAAAAUUAACAAGUAUAGGCCUCUGGACGUGCAGUUUAAUGGAACCUUGACAACAGCCUAUUUUUCUGCCUCUCCUCCUGUGUUUUGCCCAAAGGGUCGUACUCACGACCUCAUUUCUAUUAUUGACAUUAUAAAUGAUGCAGAAGAAUAUGUGUAUAUCUCAGUCAUGGAGUAUUUUCCUACAACCCGCUUCAGACACCCAGCAAAAUACUGGCCAGACAUUGACAAUGCUCUGAGACGUGUGGCAUUCAACCACAAUGUAAAAAUCAGGCUUUUGAUCAGCUGCUGGCUCCACACUGACCCGUCCAUGUUCCAUUAUUUGCAGUCACUUUGUGCUCUCAGUGAUCCACAUACCAACAUCACCAUCGAUGUGAAAAUCUUCAUUGUUCCAGUUCUGAAUCACACAAACAUCCCUUUCGGGAGAGUGAACCACAACAAAUAUAUGGUCACUGAUAAAGUGGCAUAUAUUGGAACUUCCAAUUGGUCAAAAGAUUACUUUAGUAAUACAGCUGGAGUUGGGCUGAUUGUCAACCAGACUUCAACAGAUCCUCAAAGAAAGAAGCCAGUUAUACAGGAACAAUUAAAAAAUCUUUUUGAACGAGACUGGAAUUCCAAAUAUUCAGUAAAUAUGGAAGAUCUACAUGGGCAGAAAGACUGUGCCUGGGAAGAGGGAUUAAGUUACUUAUAAAGUUCAACAUUUUUUUUCUAUUUGAAAUGUAAUAUACACGAAAUACAUAGUUUAUUUUUAUUAUGUGUCAAAAAAAUCAUUUCCUACUGGUAUGGCCCACUACUUAAUGUUCUGGGAGCACAGUUCAAUAUACCUGUAUAAUCAAAUAAUUUUUGGCAGUUAAUAUGUGAAAUAUUUGUAUAUUUGUCCGGGACAGCAUUAGGCAUGGACCACAUAAGCAGCAACCCAGGGCACAAUAAGGACCAGAUUUAAUCACCUAAAGAUGCAGAUUCAUAGAUUACAAGGUCAGAAGGGACCAUUGUGAUCAUCUAGUCUGACCUCCUGUAUCACACAAGCUUCCCCAGAAUAAUUUCUAGAGUAGAUGUUUCAGAAAAAUAUCCAGUCUUUAUUUUAUUUUAAAAUUGUUAGUGAUGGAGAAUCCCCCAUGACCCAAGACCCGGGUCUUCAGUGGCGGAAGGGAAGGACCUGCCACCGAAUUGCCGCCACAGAAUGAAGCAGCACGGUAGAGCUGCCUCCGAAGUGCCACCGAUCGAGGCUUUUUCAUUUUUUCUUUUUUUUUCUUCGCCGCUUGGGGUGGCAAAAAAGCUGGGGCUGGCCUGCUCUUUAGUGAACCUUUAUCAAUUUAUCUUCACCAGAACUGAACACAAUAUUCCAGCAGCGGUCACACUGCUGCCAAACAUAUAGGUAAAAUAACCUCCUUACUCCUACUUUAGCUUCUCCUGUUUAUGCAUCUCAGGCUCGCAUUAGCUCUUUAGCUUCAGUGUUACACUGGGAGCUCAUGUUCAGCUGAUUAUCCACCAUGACCCUCAAAUCUUUUUCAGAGUCACUGCUUCCCAGGACAGAGUGCCCUAUUGUAUAAGUAUGGCCUUCACUCUUAGUUCCUAGAUUUAGCCAUAUUAAAAUACAUAUUGUUUGCUUACACCCUGUGAUAAAUGAAGUGGGGUGGGGGUAGCCCCCUGUUAUGGACACCCAGCCAGCCAGUUAGCUAUAAAAUCCCUCUUAGUAGU